AUGGAGAAUGUUACGGAGGAUAAUGUUACGGAGGAUGUCUUGCCGUGCCAAGCCGAUCCCGAAGCCAUUGCCGACACCGACAAUGUGCCAUUGGUAAGAAAGGAGCCUUUCCUCGUAACCGGGCACCUCGAGGACAAUCUUUUCAAUAAACUACGAGACGAGAAGGUCCGACCUCCCCGAUAUAUUGACUACGAAUAUUUUGGAGCCACAUAUGGUGGGGAAUUCAUGAAAAAACGGCCGAUCACGUCACGUGAGUUAGUCCAAGCGGAUCUCGCCAUUAGCCGCUACGAGGUCAAACCACAUCAUACCCGAAAAUGUGUUGAAGCCUAUAUCGAACGAUACUCUCAGUGCUGGUUUUGA